GGACUUUCACAAGCUAGCUUUCCCAGCGAACGGUCGCGCUGGACAAAAACACCUUCACCGACUUACUGGCCUGUCCUUUACCUUGUUUGCAUGUGGCUUUCCACUGGAAACAUCCUCCAUCUCAUGUGUACAAUAAUACGGACUGUGAGCAGGUGGAUCCUCGGAGCCGAGAACGUUUUAGCCACGGAAACAUGCUGAGUACUCGGUGUGUGUGUGACGCCUGCUUCUUUUCCAGCCGCCGCCGCUCCGAGAGGGCUGCGAUGUGAGUUAACCGCGGGACAACCGACGGAGAAGGGGAAAUAACGUCUUCUUUACCCAGGAUAAUGGACUUUGUCGGGGUGAUAUGUGAUGCGGCAGGUAUGCGAGCAUACUCGGCCUUGGGUGUCAUUGUUGGACAUCAACUUUAGCCUGCUAGCUAACGGCAGCUCGCUCUCUUCAUACAAAUGAACGUAAAGCUGACUUUGCUAAUGUAAUGGAGGCACCCUGAGUGAGUGUAAAUGGUGUGGCCCUCUUAAAAUUCUGCUGUCAAUGUGGUCGAUAGGCUUUAAAUGAUUGCUAUUGCAUUGCACAUGUCACACAGGCAUCUUCUGUUGUGUUAUUGAUUACCCCUACACUGGCCCUCUAAUUCAAAAGGCAACAUAUGUGUAUAGCGAUAGUGUUUUAGUGUUUGCUCCACCAAGAAGGUGCACAUCUAUGCUUAUAAACUUGUUAUCUAGCUCCUGUCUGCCCAGGUCGUGUGGUACACUUCGAGACCUAGCCUAACUGGACAUGAAAACAUGAAUAUCGAAGAGCAGCGUCUAGAUCUGUGCAAUGUCAAGACGAAAAAUAGCGACGAUCAUAACACUAGCAUCAACACGGACGAGGUCAUCCCCUGCAUUUCUGAGCUGAUAGCGGACACUAAUAUUCCCGGGGAGACCAUGCCUCAGCUCACUGACAACCUUCAGGUGGCCGAGGGGGAUAACCACCAGGUGAAGGACACACUGGAGAUUGAUGAGGUUAAUGGGAACAGACACAGCACUGGCCAAGACAGCCCCAGUGAUGGGGAUCACAAGGACAAUGCCGCUGUGGAUAAAAUGAAGGACCCUAAGGACGCUGAACCCGUAAAGUACAACGACCCAGCAGUGGGCGAUGACGACGACAGCGGGGAGAUGGACAUGGGUGUGGAUCUGAGCCUUGACGAGAGCGGCAUCUUGGAGGAGGCUGAGUCGACGGCACAUGUUACUUCUCUCUCAGAUGAUAUUUUACAUCCCUCCAGCCGCGUCGUCCCGGCUGGCAGCGCGGUAGAAACGGGCCAGCCCGAGCAAGCCGGUGGCGUUGAGGCAUCUGCUGCCGAGGACCAGACUGUGCUGUACCCCGCAGUGGAGGAAGGGGACGAUAAACACAAACUGAGUGGCAAGAGGGUGACGUUUCCUUCGGACGAGGACAUUGUUUCUGGAGCGGUGGAGCCAAAAGACCCCUGGAGGCAUGCACAGAAUGUGACUGUGGAUGACAUCCUGUCCUCUUACAAGCAGGCCUGUCAGAAGCUCAACUGCAAACCCAUUCCCAAAGUGCUCAAACAGAUUCAGGAACUUAAAGACCUUACACAGCGAAAUGAAUGCUUGGAUCUCAAAGGUGAAAAAUUGGACUACAAGGCGUGCGAGUCUCUGGAAGAGGUUUUGAAGAGAGUCCAGUUUAAAGUGAUCGACCUGGAGCAGACCAACCUGGAUGAAGAUGGUGCCUCGGCUCUGUUUGACAUGAUCGAGUAUUACGAGUCCGCCACGCAUCUCAACAUCUCGUUCAACAAACACAUCGGCACUCGAGGAUGGCAGGCCGCCGCUCACAUGAUGAGAAAGACGAGCUCUCUGCAGUAUCUGGAUGCGAGAAACACUCCCCUGCUGGACCACUCGGCUCCCUUUGUGGCUCGAGCGCUCAGGAUCAGCGGCAGCCUGGCUGUCCUCCACCUGGAGAACGCCGGCCUGUCAGGGCGACCACUCAUGUUGCUGGCAACGGCCUUGAAGAUGAACAUGAACCUGCGGGAGCUGUAUCUGGCGGACAACAAGCUCAACGGCCUGCAGGAUUCAGCCCAGCUUGGCAACCUGCUGAAGUUCAACUACAACAUUCAAAUUCUAGACCUGCGCAACAACCACAUCCUGGACUCGGGUUUGGCUUACGUGUGUGAAGGACUAAAAGAGCAAAGGAAAGGCCUCGUCACUUUGGUGCUGUGGAACAACCAACUAACACACAACGGCAUGGGCUAUCUUGCUGCUGCACUACCUUGCACCCAGAGUCUGGAGACGUUGAACCUGGGUCAUAACUCAGUGGGUAACGAGGGCGUCCACAAGCUGAAAGACGGAUUGAUUGCCAACCGCUCUGUGCUGAGACUGGGCCUCGCCUCCACCAAGCUGUCUUGUGAAGGCGCGGUGGCUGUGGCUGAAUUUAUAGCCGAGAGCCCGAGGCUGCUGCGCCUGGACCUCAGAGAAAAUGAGAUCAAGACGGGUGGACUGAUGGCGUUGUCGCUCGCCCUUAAAGUCAACACCUCUCUGCUGCGCCUCGACCUCGACCGGGAGCCCAAGAAAGAAACGGUGAAGAGCUUCAUCGAGACCCAGCGUGCGCUGCUGGCUGAGAUCCAAAAUGGCUGCAAGAGGAACUUCAUCCUGGCUAAAGAGAAGGAGGAAACGGAGCAGAAGAUGCAGCAGUCUGCAUCCAUGGCUGAAAUUGCCAGUGAGGAUGGAACAAGAGAAGAAGAGGGGGAGGACAGCGAAGGAGCAGCAGGGGUGCAAGAAGGCAAAGAGGAGGACACAACGACAGGAAGUGAAGAACGGCCGAGCAGCCGGCCGACGGCAAGCUCUGAGUCGCAGGUUUCUCCAAUGAACCUGGAGUCUGACUCAGACACUGAGGAUGAGGAGGACGCUGAGGUCAUCACCAAGUCCUCCUCUGCAUCAAACCAGAUCCUCCCUCAGGCCCGAGCGGUGGCUGAGACCACAGUGAGUCCCUCACACGCACCCCCGCCUGCCUCUGCCGGAGUAAACAUCAUUUCUGGAAUCACCAUCACGGACACACCAGUUCCUCCGGGCACUCCUCCCUCUCCCGGUCGCUGCAUAUCUAUCUCAAGUCCAGGGCGCGGUCACAAGAUCUUCAUGGUAACUCGGGUAGAGAGCCCGCCUGAGCCACUGAAGACUUUGCAAACAAGCGCAGCCGCCGCAGAGGCGCCGCCCGCAUCGCAAACACAGCAGGAGGACGUGGAGCAGAGCCCUCGGGUCCACAGUACGACAGAGAACCACACACUGGAGCCCCAAACCACACAGAAUGUCAUUGCCAGCACUUUAGAGCCUCAACUGACACCAGCCUCGCCUUCAAAAGCUUCAUCUGCACAGCAGGCAGCCAUUCAGCCGCCCGAGGAAGCGGCACAGAGCACUACAAGCCCCCCGCCUGAGCCUCACUGUGAGGAACCUGCUGAGGAGCAGCGAGAUGAUGAUGAUCAGAAAGAAGUUCCUUUGAUGGAGGAGAAAGACACCAAAGACAAAGUGCACCCAUGUGCAUCACAAGACUCAGAAUCACACGACACGCAAGAAGACAACACCACACGUAACUCAUCCACUGUUGCAGAGCAGGACAGCAACAGUCCACAGGCGCACGAGGACCAUGAACAGGAAGUAGCACAGCCCACGCCAGCCGUCACCGCGGAGGACUCUGCUGAUGAGAGCUCCGCAGACGAGGGUGAGUGUUUAGCCCAAGUUCUGACUGAUACAGAGGGCGAGGUCGCCGGUUCGCUUCUGCCCAACGGCCUGAAGCCAGAGUUCUCUCUCCACCUUCUCGACGCAGAGAGCCCCAAGCCUGGCAGCUGCGUGAUGGAACACGUGAGCGUCAGCUGCACACAAGACCUGGAAGAGCUGCUGCUGGAAGCCAGUUUGGAGACGGGGAGAGAUGCACCAUGAAUGAGGUCCUCCGAGGACAGGAGAACUCAACUCUCACACUCAGUUUGCCGUACUUCUCCGACUUUACCCACCGGCGACGGACAGAAGAGUCCAAGCUCUAAAAGAUCCGAGCAAGUUCCCUAAGACCUGAAGGACAAAGUCAACGUGACGUCACUACAUCAACCACUGCAACACGCUGGACACACCCACGACCCGUGUGGGAACAAGUUACCAUGCUGUCAUCACUACACCUUCCAUCUAUACACAACCGCAAGGAAGACGGGGAGCAAAGAAAAACACUAACCAAAGACCGAGCGUUUGUCCCGUUUGUGUGGACUCCAGGAAAGCGGUGGCGAGGCACACAUACACAUACAAAUCACAACAAUGGCGGACGCGGCCGAGCCCGCCUGCCGGCUUUGACGUGGUCAUGAUGAAGAGUUCAACAUGUUUUGUCGUCCUGAUCCCCUCGGUGCAUAAAAACAGCAACUUUAGAAGGGAAGUGGAGCUCCCUCCCGUCUCGUCUGUUUCUGACUUUGGCCCCUCAGGAAUCAGCACAACCCAAACCUCCGCCGCCACGUUUACGCACGCUUUCUUUGUCUCUUCCUGCCUGGCUGUCAUAUCAAUAGAAAUUCUUCUCCUUUCUGUUUUUUCCUUUCCAUUUGGCACCUUUUGACAAAUUGUGUAUUUUCUAUUUAUUUAAUGGAUAUACAAGCUUUUUGAUUGAUUUCCUCCUCCUCCUCCGUUUUAUCUUUUCAUUUAUUUUGAAAAAAACUCUCCUUAUUUGAUGUAUACUUAAAUACUUAGGUAUACUUAUGUAUACCUAAAUAAGAAUUUAGUUUUUUUUUUUGGUUUUGUUGGGAGCGAAAGUUUGGAAUGAUUGGCUUCAGUUGCAGCGGGGGUGCAGUGCGCUUCAAGCGGCAAAUUGUUGCUUUACUGCACUGCUACUCCGCCGGGUGGCCACCAGAGGGCGACAGCAUACUGCAGCGCCUCACUGGGUUCAUAAUAUCAGGCCAAUCACAAUAAGUUUGAAUACUGCAUUUCCAUCCAGCAGACCCUUUUAUUCUACCAGUGCUGUGCUGCCCCCCCCCCCCCCCACCUUACUGUAAAUGCUUUAAUUUUUAGACCUUUUUAAUAAAUUGUUAACUUAAUUGGAAUGUGCUGGCAAUCACAAAGACAUGUAUGGCGAAAUUUGUUCCAUUCCCAAUAAAUGCAUGUAACGACUCA